AUGGGCGUGAAGGACCAUCUGGAGGAUGGGACAGGCCACAUCCUCAGCCUGGGGCUGGAUCUGGACUACCUCCAUGUGGAAGGUACUGAGCGGCAGGCUGGCUUGAGCACUGUGACGGUUCCUGGUAAUAUAGGUAUCUCACAGGUGAGACCUCACGGCCCCGGUAACAGCACUGGUAGCACUAGUUUUAGUACUCAUUCAAGCUGCAGCAGCAGUAGUAGUUGCAGUAACUUCUCUGAGGAGUGUGCUGUCUCAGACAGUGAUGAUGAUCGACUCCAGAAUGGGUCUGGUUCUGAAUCUCAAAGGCAAGUUCACCUUCCCCACAAAGAGUCCCUCCCAGUCUCUCAGGUGGUCAGGCUGGACCUGGCACCAAAUAAGUCCUGUGAACACCCUGCACAGCCAGAUACAUCUCCCACUGAUCCCUCUACAGACUACCGCAACAAGGUGGAAUUUGCUCUCAAGCUAGGCUAUGCCGAGGAGCUGGUGCUACUGGUGCUGAAGAAACUUGGCCCAGACGCACUGAUCAACGAUGUUCUGGGAGAGCUGGUCAAAUUGGGAACCAAGACAGAGAUGGAGCAACAAGGAGGAUCAACUGUCUCCCAGUUUUCUUCUUCGUCGGUGGCUUUGGCCCACUCUUCAUCAUCCCCAAACUCCUCUCUGGACUCCUGUGGACAACUAUAUCAAUCCCCUCUGCUUGAGGAUAGAGAAAACUUUCGGCCUGUUGUGGUGGAUGGGAGCAAUGUAGCUAUGAGUCAUGGAAACAAGGAAGUCUUUUCCUGUCAAGGCAUCCAGUUGGCUGUUGAUUGGUUUUUGGAGCGAGGUCACCGUGACAUCACUGUUUUUGUCCCAGCCUGGAGAAAAGAGCAGUCACGACCGGAUGCGCUAAUCAAAGACCAAGAGAUUCUACGGCGACUAGAGAAAGAUAAGGUCCUGGUGUUCACUCCAUCUCGCCGUGUUCAAGGUCGCCGUGUGGUUUGCUACGAUGAUCGCUUCAUUGUCAAACUGGCCUAUGAGUCAGAUGGCAUCAUUGUUUCCAAUGACAACUACCGUGACCUCGCCAAUGAGAAACCAGAGUGGAAGAAAUUCAUCGACGAGCGUUUACUGAUGUACUCCUUCGUAAAUGACAAGUUCAUGCCACCAGAUGACCCACUGGGGCGCCACGGGCCAAGUUUGGAGAACUUCCUAAGAAAGAGGCCAAUUAUACCUGAACACAGGAAGCAGCCUUGCCCUUAUGGAAAGAAGUGCACAUAUGGCCACAAGUGCAAGUUUUACCACCCUGAGAGGGGUAGCCAGCCCCUGCGGGCGGUGGCUGAUGAGCUCCGUGCUAGUGCCAAAAUUUCAUCGGUAGCUUCCAGAGGCCUGCUGGAAGAUUCCUUGAUGGUGAAGAGCCAAAGUUCUGGUCAAACAGAGAGAAUGGCUGAGGCUGAACCAAGUCAGGAAACUCCAAAGAGACAGCCAAACCCCAGUCCAAGGUUCUCCUUCAAUGACCUCCUGGAAGACAGACUUAGAGUCCAGUCUAAAGCGGAAGGGCGACGAGGAAGCAACAGCAGCAGCAGCAGUAGUUGUAGCAGCAGCUUUCUGGGGCACCCUGCUCCAGGCGGACCCCCUUUAUCAGGAGGUCUGGACCAGUGGGAGCACUCUAGGGCUAGUGGUGGAGCUAACUCUGGGUUUGCUAGAGCCUCAAGACCAAGUUCUGCCGAAACUUACCACAGAUGUGAGUCUCCAGACCUGGGCUACAGCUCAUUAAUGAAGUCCUACUCUAGCCUCAGUCUUGUGGUACCGCCGAGUCCUGACUGCUUCUUCCCUGCAGAUCUGCGGGCCACAUCACUGACAUCAGACUGUAGCAGUGAAGGCAGCGUCAGCUCAGACUCAUUCUCCCCUGACCCUUCCUUAGAUGAAUGCCCCAAGUGCCACCAUCACCACCACCACCCUCACCACCACCAUCACUGUCCUGGCACAUAUGCUCACCCUGUGAGCCGGGUUCCUCCUGGAUUUGGCCAUCAUGUUCCUCGCAGGUUUCAAGUUCCUCAAGCACCACAGCGACAACAUGGAUUUGGCUUGGAGGACCCGCAAAUUUCAGUUACCUCUCAUACAUCUCCACACCCCACUGCCUACAUUCCUACCCAACCUCCACAUCACCUACUGAGCAGCUUCCCAAGGGAAUUCCCAAUUCGUCCACCCCAAACACCCACUGCUCACUCCAAUUCUCAGAACUCCCCACUUAGAUGCAACAUUAUGCGCUCCCUUUGGCAGGAAGGUGGACUCCAGGACUCCCCAGUGUACAAAGGGUCACCUAUUCAUUCCAGAAUAAGCCACCCAGGACAAAACCAACAACCACAACACCAGCUGAACUGGGGUCUCCAUUAUCAACAGUCCCCUAAGCCUGGCUUUGAUCAGUUUCCCUUCAAGUGCCUCCCAGAAGUCACAGAAAAGGAUUGGCACUCUCCUUGGGGAAGACAAGUUCAUUCAUCACCCAAUGGCCUUUCAGCAUCAAGUUUCCAACCACUCCCACCUCUGUCACUACCAUCCAUCACAGCCCACAAAAGCCCCCCUCACUCAGUACCCCAACACCAGGAGCCCCCUGCCUUGGGUCGAUACCAGGACCUAAGGGAGAGGAUGUUUGUGAACUUGUGCCGAAUCUUUCCUGCAGAUUUGGUGAGGAUGGUGAUGGCCAGAAACCCUCAUGUUAUGGAUGCUCAGGAGCUUGCAGCUGCAAUUUUGAUAGAGAAAUCCUGUCACGGUUCUUGAGUAAAGCCAAAAGAUGAAGUUAAUGGACUCAAUUUUACAAGUUUAUUCCUUGCAGUUGUCUUGAAUGUAGAGGCGAGGUUCGACAAA